GAGCGAGACCGAGGAGCACGCAGCCAGCGCGCGUGUGCCUGUGUGGAAGUGUCCCAAGUUGUGCUCCCUUCGCCUCACCGGUUCCAGCUAGGCUAGACCAGCCGGGCGGAGCGGUUCCUCCGGGCUGUGCCCGACCGAGGCGGCUCUGAAGACUGGCGUGAGUCAGCCGGAGGAGGCACAGAGGGCAAAGCGGAGCAGCUCUCCGCCGUCGCCACCGCCCGUGUGUCAGGCUCGCUCGCUCGCUCCCUUUCCCUCCCUAGCGGAGGCGGGGGCAACCGUGUGUGUCCGGCUCAGACCCCUCCCUCUCAGGCUCGCUCGCUCUGUGUGUGAGACUCUCCCGGGGACGCCCGGAAGCGCCGCUUGGGCCCCAAGGCCUCAACCCACGGCCGCAACCGCCACCCUCACACCGAGUCCCGUUCCUGAGCCCUUGCCGCCUGCCUGCUGCCGCCACUGCGGCUUAAAUGUAGCCCCUGGAAUCGGGGCGGGGAGGUUUGCAGAAACAUGGCGGAUCUGUCGCUGCUCCAGGAGGACGUGCAGGAGGAGAUAGACGGAUUUGGUGUGGAUAACUACAGCUCAGAGUCUGAUGUGAUUAUUAUACCUUCAGCCCUGGACUUUGUCUCACAAGAUGAAAUGUUGACGCCUCUAGGAAGAUUGGACAAGUACGCUGCAAGCGAGAACAUUUUUAAUAGGCAAAUGGUGGCUCGAAGUUUGUUGGACACUUUGAAAGAAGUGAGUGACGAUGAGAGAGAUUGUAUUGCUGUAUUGGAAAGAGUCAGCAGGCUAGCAGAUGAUUCAGAACCAACAGUAAGAGCUGAAUUGAUGGAACAGGUGCCUCAUAUUGCAAUGUUUUGUCAAGAAAACAGGCCUUCAAUCCCUUAUGCUUUUUCAAAAUAUUUAUUGCCUAUUGUGGUGAGAUACCUUGCAGACCAGAAUAACCAGGUGCGAAAAACAAGCCAAGCAGCAUUACUUGUUCUGUUGGAGCAAGAACUUAUUGAACGAUAUGAUGUGGAGACCAAAGUAUGCCCAGUUCUUGUAGAACUGACUGCUCCGGACAGCAAUGAUGAGGUGAAGACAGAAGCUGUGGCAAUAAUGUGCAAAAUGGCUUCUAUGGUAGGAAAGGACAUCACAGAGAGGCUAAUUCUUCCAAGAUUUUGUGAGAUGUGCUGUGACUGCAGAAUGUUUCAUGUUCGUAAGGUAUGUGCCGCCAAUUUUGGUGAUAUCUGUAGCGUAGUUGGACAGCAAGCCACAGAAGAAAUGCUGCUGCCUAGAUUUUUCCAGCUUUGCUCCGAUAAUGUAUGGGGUGUACGGAAGGCUUGUGCUGAAUGCUUUAUGGCGGUUUCAUGUGCCACGUCACAGGAGGUCCGUCGAACAAAACUGUCAACACUUUUUAUUAACCUUAUCAGUGACCCUUCACGAUGGGUCCGCCAAGCUGCCUUUCAGUCCCUGGGGCCUUUCAUAUCGACGUUUGCUAACCCAUCCAGCAGUGGUCAGUUUUUUAAAGAAGAAGAAUGUAAGAACACUGAGGAUCAGAACUGUGCAGAGGAACAUAGCAAUGAAAGACUUGUGGAUAUGGAAGACUCCCCAAUACAUAAUGUACAAAGCCAGACAGAGUUGUUGCCUUUAGAUGCUGAUGAUUUUGCAGAGACUCUUGAAAAUGCCAAGGAAGAGAGUAAUUCCCUGUUAGUUCAUUCCCAGGCUAAGACAGUAUUACCUUGCGUUUUGUCUCUGGAAUCACCUAAAGAAACUGCACAUGAGAAUGUACAAAGUUUUGAUCACUGUAGCAUAGCAGUGCUACCAGCAUCUCCAUCGAGUUCCCAGGAAAACUCUGUUUCAGAGCAGGAAUUAUAUAACUCAUUCCAUUUCUGGAGGACUCCACUUCCUGAGAUAGAUAUUGAUUUAGAGCUUCAGGAAACUGCAGGAAUAGUUGAUUCAGAAACUCAGAAAGGAAAACAGGAAGUUGUUGUACCAGCUUCUUCAAACAUUACCAUGGCAACAAGAAAGGAACUGGAAGAAAUGAUAGAAAAUUUGGAGCCUCAUAUGGAUGAUCCAGAUGUUAAAGCACAAGUGGAGGUGCUCUCUGCUGCCCUCCGAGCCUCAAGUCUGGACCCUCAGGAAGAGACUGCAGCAGGUCCUGGCAAAUUGGUGGACUGUCGGAAUGAGCUGAGCAUCAAAGACCAACUGAACUGUAACUUAAUUCAGGAUGACACGGUGCCUUUAAUCAGUGAUGCUGUUGAGGACAUUGUGGAAUCUGCUCUUCGUUACAUUCAUAAUGAUUCAGAUUUGAGCACUAAUAGCAGUUUCAGCCCUGAAGAAGAGAAAAAAUCUAAAAUUCAGGAUGUUGUACCUCAGGCCUUGCUGGACCAGUAUUUAUCCAUGACUGAUCCCUCUCGAGCUCAGACGGUUGACACAGAGAUUGCAAAGCACUGUGCCUAUAGCCUUCCAGGUGUGGCACUUACCUUGGGUAGACAGAACUGGCACUGUCUGAAAGAUACCUAUGAAACUCUAGCCUCUGAUAUGCAGUGGAAAGUUCGGAGAACAUUGGCAUUUUCUAUACACGAACUUGCAGUCAUCCUUGGAGACCAACUUACAGCUGGUGAUCUAGUUCCAGUCUUCAAUGGCUUUUUAAAGGACCUUGAUGAAGUCAGGAUUGGUGUGCUUAAGCACUUGCAUGAUUUUCUUAAGCUUCUUCAUCCUGAUAAAAGGCGGGAAUAUCUUUAUCAACUUCAGGAAUUCUUAGUCACAGAUAACAGCAGGAACUGGCGUUUCCGAGCUGAGCUGGCUGAGCAGCUGAUCUUGCUUCUAGAUCUGUAUAGUGCCAGAGACAUAUAUGAUUACCUGCGGCCUAUUGCUCUCAACCUUUGUGCAGACAAGGUUUCCUCUGUUCGCUGGAUUUCCUACAAGCUGGUUAGUGAAAUGGUUAAGCAGCUGUAUAAUGCUCCAACACCAACCUUUGUGGUGGACCUCAUGAAUGAACUUGUUGAAAAGUUCUGCAGAUGCUCAAAGUGGUCUGGCCGACAAGCAUUCGUCUUUAUCUGCCAGACUAUCAUUGAAGAUGACUGCUUGCCGAUGGAUCAAUUUGCUGAGCAUCUGUUGCCUCAUUUACUGCACUUGGCCUCAGAUAGAGUUCCAAAUGUUAGAGUCCUGCUUGCAAAAACAUUAAGGCAAACCCUUUUAGAGAAAGAAUAUUUUCUGAUUUGUGUCAAUUCUCAUCAAGAAGCAGUGGAACAGACAAUCAUGGCCCUCCAAAUGGAUAAUGACAGCGAUGUUAAAUACUUUGCAAGCAUCCACCCUGCCAGCACCAAAAUUGCAGACGAUGCCAUGAGCACGGCCUCUUCAACUUAUUAAAAGUAGCUGCUGAAUGUUACUAUAAUUUUAAUAAAAAAACAUUACAAAUCGCAGGGCAAUCCUCAAGUGCUCCUAAAAUGGAUGAUCUAAAACCUCUUUUUUUUCCCUUCCCCUUUUUCAUGGAGGAGAGACUCUCUUGCCAGACUUCACUUCAGUUGGAUGUUAUCUAAACCUGAGACCAAGGAUUUUAAGAGUCAAGGGGAAAAAUUACCUGUUGAAUCUUGAUUCUAGAAAAACUUUGCUCAGAGGAUUGUAUUUGCCACCGGAGCCUUAAAUCUUCUGUCUUCCUGAAUAUGUGAAACUUGAAUUGGCAGAGCAUUUUCAGUGUAGAAGGGAUGUGAUUUCCAGAGACCGGCAUUUGUUUCUCCUGAGGAGUUAACCCAACAAGCUUUUUUCCCCUUAGGAACGGAUAGCUGAAAUUCUCAUAGCCUGCAAAGGCAUAUUUGUACCAAGAAGCAAGAGACACCUCCAGUGUUAGCUAUUAAAGUUUUUAUCCUUGAAAAGACUUAAUUUGUGUGCAGCUGGGCACAUCCUUAAGUGUGAAUAGUUUUGAUGUGUGUAAAUGAGGGGAAAGUAGAGAUUUGGUGUUUGUUUUCUCCCUUAAGGGCUCAGUGCUAACACUAAACCAGAAUCUGAUUUUAAUCUUUAAACACAGCAUAUUGCUGUACCCAUUAACAGAAAUCUUCUCUGAGUACCUGCGUCCUAAUAUUUUUUUCAUGCUGGUCAUGACCUGAAGGAAACCUAUUAGCACAUGUACUUCACGUCAGGUAUUUUUAACUUGAUCAUGAUCGGCUCUGAGGUGCAACUUUUUCUUCAUAUACUGUACAUAUGCGACCACUCUUGGGAGUGUUGCAGUCUUUAAUCAUGCUGUUUCAAACUGUUGUGAUAAAAUGUUCUCUCCUUGUCCAAAUAAAAAAUUUAUUAAUAAGA